CAGAGGCAUCUCAGCCUGUGACCUGACAUGCAGCCCAUGUUCUGGCUAUGUCUCAGCCCUCACAGGUGUGCAAGCCAGCCCUGCCGAGAUUGUUUUUCUACUUGCUGCUGUGGGGCUCCCAGCCCAUGUGAAGACACUGCAAAAGUCCUCUUGUGCCUGGGACAGCCUCAAGAGCUUGACCUGGAACUGAACACACAUGAGGCAGGGCCUGGGGGCUGCUCCUGGGCCAGCAUCAAGGCCCAACUGGACGCUGGUGACAGAGUUUGUGCUGCAGGGCUUCUCCGAGCACCCUGGGCUGUGGCUGCCCCUUCUCGCCUGCCUCCUCUGCCUUUACACCAUGGCACUUGUGGGCAACACCAUGAUCAUCUCCGUGGUCAGCUGCAGCACUAGCCUCCACAGCCCCAUGUACUUUUUCCUGUGCAACCUGGCCACCAUGGACAUUGUCUGCACCUCAUGUGUGCUGCCCAAGGCACUAGUGGGCCUGGUGUCUGAGGAGAACACCAUCUCCUUCCUGGGAUGCAUGGCCCAGCUCUUCUUCCUUGUCUGGUCUGCAUCUUCCGAGCUGUUGCUGCUCACAGUCAUGGCCUAUGACCGCUGUGUGGCCAUCUGCCACCCACUGCACUACAGCUCCAGGAUGAGCCCAUGGCUGUGCAGGGCACUGGCCAUGGCCGUGUGGGUCGUCUGUGCUGUCAACGCUUUGGUGAACACUGGGCUGAUGAUGCGGCUGCCCUUCUGUGGUCCGAACAUCAUCACACACUUCUUCUGUGAGAUCCCCCCGCUCCUGCUGCUCUCCUGCAGCUCCACGCGUGUGAACAGCAUCAUGACUGUCUUGGCCGAUGUCUUCUAUGGGGUCAUUAACUUCCUGCUCACCCUGCUGUCAUACGGCUUCAUCAUCGCCAGCAUCCUGCGUAUCCGCUCGGCAGAGGGCAAGCGGAGGGCCUUCUCCACCUGCUCCUCCCACCUCGUGGUGGUCUCUGUGUACUAUUCAGCUGUGUUCUGUGCCUACAUCAGCCCUGCCUCCAGCUACAGCCCUGAGAGAAGUAAGGUGUCCGGCAUGCUGUACACAGCACUCAGCCCCACCCUGAACCCCCUCAUUUACUCUCUGAGGAACACGGAGGUCAAGCAUGCCCUGGGAAGACUUGUCCCCCUCUUCAGGGUUAGGGUGAUGCACAGGCCCUUCGUCCAGCCUGGGAGCCCUGCACCUACCUCCCUGAGACCAGGCAUGUAGAAGUAGGACCUGGCUAUCACCCUCUCUGUGCAAUUUCUCUUGGGUGUGGGUGUGGCUUUGCCCAAGCUGUGCAUCCCUAGGUGCCCAAUAAAGGCCUUGGUCCUGGCAGGUGCUCCUCAUGCCUCCCAGUGAAUUGUCAUCACCCCGGGUGACUCUCAUAGACCUUACCUUAAGAUUUCCCCAGGCCUUUCUCCACCCAGCUCUUCCUCAGCUGUUAGGGAGCUCCCAUGCACCCCUGGCUCCAGCUGACAGGGCCACCAGUGUGUGCGUACCUCACCAACCCCACAACACUCACCUGGGGUGAUUUGUGCCCACAGCCCCUCCCUCAGACCUAGAACCACCUGUCAUUCAAGCAGCUCACAUCCACUUUCCUCACAGGCCUCCUUCAUAUUCCAGCCAAAAUAACUCCUCCUCUGCCUCCUGCAGCUGGUUACCCAGGCCUCACAUGGCCUCUCCUCCAUCCACCUGGGCCUCAUUCAGAUUCGAAGUAUCAAUCCACAUGAGAACUUGUCUCUGCCCCACAUCACUUCCUGCUCCUGCCAUCCUUGUCCCACACUGGUGCUCCACAGAGUGUAAUGGGCCCUAGUUACUGUUUGUCUCUCCUCCUAGAGAUGUUGGGAGGGGCAUGGGAGCCAUCACCACUGUCUGCGGUCUUAUACCCCAUGAGCGGGCCAAACUCGCAGGUCUAUCUGC